CCAAGAGGCAAGAGCUUAAUAAUAAUAAGCCGUUGAUUUAUGCUCAAUGCAUAAUUAGAAAAGGACUCGUUGACUUUGUUCGCGGUUUCCUACCAAAACGCUGGCGUAUACGAGGAAUGUUGUUAGGACUUAAGGACGGGAAGCAAAAGUCAAUCAAACGUUCAACGACCUAGCUAAGUCGCUCCUCCUUCCUCCUUCAUACUUCCCAAUUCCAUUUCCUUCCUUAUUCUCCGCCACGAAGCGCCAGCUUUGGUAAAGGAUAGAGAUAGCUUGUAAACGAAGGUUUUUUCCUCUUCUGAAAUAACAUCGGAGAAAGACAGGGAAGGAAAGCCGUUUCCAUUACUUUCCACAGGCGCACAAACUCUGAUGCAAAAGAGCUAAAGAUUCCCCCUUCUCCUUUUCCCCUUUUCAAAAAAGUAGGCCAUCCUCUCUCUCUCUCUCUCUCUCUCUCUCUCUCUGCUGAGUCGGAGCAACUGAGCUUCAGCUGGGAAGACUGAGAAUUUCGAAUGCUGAUUGCCGAAUUGGUCGCUGAUUCGCGGAGCUGGAGCAUGGGGAGUAGCAGUGUUGAGGCGGAAUCAGGCUUCGAUGUGGAGGAGACCAUCUUCGUCGCCGUGGGGAGGAACGUCGAGGAAAGCAAGACGGCGCUGCUCUGGGCGGUCCGCAACUUCUCGGGGAUGAAGAUUUGCCUCCUCCACGUCCACCAGCCUGCUUCAAAUGUCGUCGUUCCGUUCAAAGACAGGCUCCUUGCUGCCAACAAAGCGAAGAAAGUUGCUGCCGAGGGAUUUGAAGAGUUGGAGAGGAGAAAGGUGGCUGAUAUUUUGACUCAGUACUUCCUCAUUCUUGGGCAAGAAGGGGUUAAACCUUAUGAAGUGUGGAUUGAGGCGAUGAGCAUCGAGGAGGGGAUUGUCGAGAUUGUUGAUCGGUACUAUGUGAAGUGGCUGGUCAUGGGUGCAGCAGCUGAUAAGCACUACUCAAAGAAAUUAGCAGAGAUUAAGUCCAAGAAAGCAGCAUUUGUAUGGCAACAUGCAGCUAUGUCUUGCCAUAUCUGGUUUCUUUGCAAUGGUCGCCUUAUCUACACUAGGGAAGGUAGAGAUGACAUAUGUGAAUCGGAAAUUGAUGAUCUCCCGUUGCUCCUGACUUAUUCAGAUUCAGUAUCUGAGAAACCAGAGGAUUUGCAAUCAGGUUUUGCUGCAUUUGAUGUUUCUCCAGAUGCAGUUGACAAUGCUGAUGGAUUUGAAGCUUUGUUGACGAAGUUCGAUAAUGAUAGUAGCUUGGACGCCAGAGAAUCCAUUGAAACAGCGAUGCCACUGCUUGAACAUAAGGCCGUGGAAGUGAAGGAGCAAACAGAUGCAUCGAGUACGAGUAGCUUGGAAGGAUCUGCUGUGGAUGCUAGCGAUCUAAGCAAAAAGGCGUUUGAAGAGGUAGUUAAGCGAUGGAAAGAGGAAGAGAAUGCUAUAGAAGCAAAAUGCAAGGCUAAAGCACUAGAAAGCUUGUGCAUCAAAGAGAUUAGCCUGAGAAAAGAGAUGGAGGAAGUUUUGGCUAGAGAGAGGGACUCGGUAGAAAGGAUGGGGAACCAACAUGAUGAACUCUACCAAGAACUAAAGCAGGUCAAGGAGCAGAAGGCUGUACUCGAAAAGCAGAUUGGGGAUGCAAAUCGUGUGGUACAGGAACUGGAGGAGAAGAUCGUUGCAGCCGUUGAACUUCUGAUUAGUUUCAGGAGACAGAGGGAUGAUGCCAAGGUGGAAUGUGAAAAUGCUGUGAGGGAAGUGAAAAGGCUACAAGAGUUGGGGAAACUUGGCGCUACAAGCUUUCACGGGUCAGAAAUUCUUGAAUUCUCUUUUGAGGAGAUCAUAGAGGCAACUAGUGAAUUUGAUCCAGCUAGGAAGAUUCAAGAAGGAAGAUAUGGAACUAUAUACAAAGGUCUCCUUCGCCAUCUCCUUGUAACCAUAAAGAUGUUACCCUCCUAUGGCUCUCAACUCGAAUUUCAGAACGGGGUGAAGAUUUUGAGCAAGGUGAGGCAUCCAAAUCUGGUAACAAUGAUUGGAAUUUGCCCAGAAGCCAGAUCUCUUGUCCUUGAGUAUGCUAAAAACGGAAGCCUGGAAGAUCGUCUUGCCUGUAAAGGUAAAUCGCGCCCACUUACUUGGCAGACUCGGUUGAGAAUUGCUUCUGAGAUAUGCUCUGCUCUCAUCUUCAUUCACUCCAACAAGCCAUGUGUCAUCCAUGGAAACUUAAAACCGUCUAAAGUCCUCCUUGAUUCAAACCUCGUCUGCAAGUUAUAUGAUUUCGGCAUGUCUCACUUGAUCCCACAAGGCAAAACUGGUAAUCUCACUCCGGAGUCGGAUGUCGACUCUUUUGGGAUCAUUCUUCUCCUUCUGCUUACUGCUAGACCGGUUUCGGGAAUAUUGAAAGAUGUGAAAUGUGCAUUAGAGAACAAUAAGUUGGAAGCCGUUCUGGAUCACAGUGCUGGGAAAUGGCCAGAUGAACUGGCCAAACUGCUGGCUAACAUGGCGUUGAAAUGCUGCAACGGCGACAGAUUGAUCCGGGCGGACCUUUUGUCAGAAAUCUAUCCUGUUUUGGAUCAGAUGCUAGUGCUACCUUCUUCAACUGAUUCACAGCCACCAUCAUCAUGCUUGGAUGCCAAGGAACCUCGCCGAGUUCCAUCCCAUUUUGUAUGCCCCAUUUUCCAGGAAGUGAUGAAGGAUCCGCAGAUAGCUGCAGAUGGUUUCACGUACGAAGGCGACGCGAUUAAAGGCUGGCUGAAGAGUGGGCACAACACUUCACCCAUGACUAAUCUGAAGAUGGAACACUGUGAUCUGCUGCCUAAUCAUGCUCUGUAUCAGGCAAUUCAAGAGUGGCGCGAACAACAAUGGUGAACUGAAACCCAACUUAAGCAACUCAUGUCAUAUGUAUAUCCUUUUACUUUGCAUCUUGUUUGUACAUAGCUUUUCACAAUAUAUUGUGAGUAUAUAUAGUACAAUCGAAUUUCAAAUUUAAUUUUUACAAAAAGAAUUAACUUUAAUUGCUAAUAUUUGUUUAAUAUGAUAACGUUGGCUGAAAUGUCAAAUACAAUAUACAAUGUAUUUAAAAAAAAAAUUGUCAUUAUCGUCAGAUAAAAUUUUGAAAUCAUAUUUUACAAGUUUCAACAUUUUUUCCAAUAAAAAGUCAGAUACCUACAAUCUCUUAAUUCGUAUUAGUUUUUAAAUGUUUUUUAGAAAUACCCAUGACAUUAAAAUGGAUCCAGUAACUAAGACAUGGAUCGUACACAGAUAGGAUAUGCACCAAAAUACAAGUUAUAGUCCUUAUUGGCCAAGAAAUCAGUUGUGCUAUUACAGUUCAAAACUAUAUAUCAGUCCAACUAGUUCCAUUCAGAAUUCCGUUAAACACAACAAUCUGCUAGAAACCUAAUCGAUGUGACAGCUAGGGAUGACAAUGGUUAGGUUUAGGUUGGGUUUUGCCAAACCCAAAUUCAUAGGUUUAUCCUUUACAAAAACCAGGGUAAAAUUCAAUGGGUUUGGAAAACUCAAACCCACCCCGUUGGGUAUCGGCGGGUUCAUGGAUACCCAGUGGUUUUUGUGGUUAAAUAUAACAAGUUCCUAUCAAAACAAAAGUCAAACAUCUAUAUCUCCAUACAAAUUAUCCAUACAAAAAAAUAAAAAACAAGUCUAGAAAAUUCAAACAAAUCACAAAUUAUCCACUCAAAAUGUAAAUUAGAUUGUGAGAAAUUAGAAUUAUGGUAGAAUUUGAAGAGAGUAGGCGACGGAAUAAGUAUGAGUGAGUAUCCAAGGGUCGAGUAUCCCUAAACCCAAAUCCAACCCAAUCCAGUGAAAGUAUAACGAGUUUAAACUCGAACUCGAUCCAAAACUCCUCAACAAGAGUUUUACCCGUAUUAACCGGAUUGAAUCGGAUAGAGUACCCGUGAGUUCGGGUUUUGUUGCCAUCCCUGAACUAGACUGAUCGCUUCCGGUAACUCGAAACUUUAGAGAAACCAUAAUGGCAGGCCCGCGUGCGUGCGGUGGCGCCAUAAACCUCGGCCCAAUGACAAUUCUUGGGUAGGCAGGUCUACCAAGGGCCCAAUACAGGGCGUCCACGUUA